AUCACGUGUUUCGUGAGAAAACGAAAACAAGGAAGUAACGCGCACCAGAAAGACAGAGUAGAUUUAGGGACUUAAUAAACCAGCUACAGGGGGGAAAUGGGGAUGUUUACAGGUUACAACUGUGUGCUGUUUUUGUUGCUUUGGAGAAAUUUGAUGUUUGGUGAAAUCUUCGUUUAUGGCGCAGUGGAAACGAGUCACAAUGCAGAAUUAAAACCGCCUGCUUUUAAUGAAAACAGCUUCUUUUCUUCUCUCAGUUUCAGUCUGUCGGAUUCCUUCCCAGGGGAGCUGGAAACGACUAAAUAUUGCCUGGAGUUGCUGCAUGAAUUCGGUCAGACAUACGGAAGUUUAGCUAACUGUCUAGUGUCCAACGUACGGCCUGUUAAAGUGUGUCAGAACUGUUAUAACAGUUAUAACAGCUUUCAGGACGUCUUUAAAAACAUAUCAACUGGGGGGCCCGGGAACAAGAGCUGUCAUGAUUCCCUGCUGCGCUCUGAUAGGCUGAUGCUUCUAUACAACCUUUACAUCAGUUUCGAAAACAUCUGGAUCGUGUCCGAAUGUACCGAUUGUCUGUCUGAAGAUAACAGUGUGUCGAAUACCACACUUUACUUCAUAGAUCGACUCAAUCAGUCGCUGACCUGCUUUGAGAAAUACCAGGAGGGAAACCUCACGGAGUUGUGUGUGGAGUGCAGGACUUCGUAUAAAAUACUCAAUGAUCUGUAUAGUAACAUGUCAGGCAACAAGACUGUCUGUAUCGAUGUGGAGGAUGCGAUGAACGUGACACGACACUUGUGGAGCAAGAAAUUUAAGUGUUCAUUAAAUCGUGAGGAGAACGUUCCAGUCAUCGCCUUGUGCAGCUUUAUGCUCUUCCUUCCAAUUAUCUUCUACUUGAGCAGUUAUCUGCACUCGGAACAAAAGAAACGCAAGCUCAUACAUCCCAAAAGAGCCAAGUCCAAUCACAGUCUGAUGAAUAUCCAAGACAAGUACAACUGAGGAGGAAGAGGAGGAAAAAGAGGAAGCUGUCGGACCAUAACCAAACGGAGCGUUCCUGCAGCGCUGGAUGUGGGAAGGAUUUUAAAUUAUUGACAGACUUUAUGAUCGUUAUUAAAGUAUUCAUCAUUUAUAUUA